AUGUCAGGCAAAGGAGCAAAGGGAUUGUUAACAAGCAAAACUCCAGCUCAAUCUAAAGAUAAAGACAAGAAAAAACCCAUCUCUCGCUCUUCACGUGCUGGUCUUCAGUUUCCUGUUGGGCGUAUCCACCGACUUCUGAAAUCAAGAGCGACUGCCCAUGGAAGAGUGGGUGCAACGGCAGCUGUUUACUCUGCUGCUAUCUUGGAGUACCUAACCGCUGAAGUGUUAGAGCUAGCAGGAAAUGCAAGCAAGGAUCUGAAGGUGAAACGUAUAACACCUAGGCAUUUGCAGUUAGCAAUCCGGGGUGAUGAAGAGCUAGACACUCUUAUAAAAGGAACCAUAGCUGGUGGUGGUGUGAUCCCUCACAUCCACAAGUCGCUAAUCAACAAAUCCUCCAAGGAAUGA